UUGACUUCAACUCGGCCAUUUUGUUAAAAAAAAUUCAUGGGCGCAUACUUUCAACAGAAUUUUAUAAAUAAAAUUCUACUUAAAAUCAGUGAAAGUAUUGUAUUAUAUUGAAACAGAAAUAAAAUAUUAAACAAAAUUUAAUCUGUUUACAUCAUGGCUCGUUAUAUGCAGCGUCCGGAAAAUGCUCUAAAAAGAGCAAAUGAAUUUAUUGAUGUAGGAAAACCCUUACGAGCGUUGGAUACGCUCCAAGAAGUCUUCCGCAACAAAAAGUUCACUUACAAUUGGUCUGAAUCUGUAAUUGAACCUCUCAUGUUCAAAUACCUGUAUUUGUGCGUUGAGUUGAAGAAAUCUCAUAUCGCCAAGGAAGGUCUCUUCCAAUACAGGAACAUGAUUCAAUUGGUCAAUGUCAAUUCAUUGGAGAAUGUCAUUCGUGGGUAUUUGAAAAUGGCUGAGGAGCAUACCAAAGCAGCUCAACAGCAGUCUUCUGCUGCUGUAGCUGUCCUUGAAGUCGAUGAUUUGGACAAUAUUGCCACACCGGAAAGCAUUCUUAUGUCGGCAGUUUGUGGCGAAGAUGCGCAAGAUCGUUCAGAUCGAACAAUUCUUUUGCCAUGGGUUAAGUUCUUGUGGGAAUCUUAUUGUCAGUGUUUGGAGUUACUCCGAUUGAAUACUCAUUGUGAGAUUCUUUAUCAUGACAUUGCUCGAAUGGCUUUUCAAUUUUGUCUAAAAUACAAUCGUAAAAGUGAGUUCCGUCGUUUGUGUGACAAAUUGAGGAAACAUUUGGAAGAUGUUUGCAAAGGUACCAACCAAGCAAACGGUGUGAGUAUCACAAAGUUGGAAACUCAACAACUUUGUUUGGAUACCAGAUUGCAUCAAUUGGAUAGUGCCAUUCAAAUGGAAUUAUGGUUAGAAGCUUAUAAAGCAAUUGAAGAUAUUCAUGGUUUGAUGGCUUUGUCAAAGAAAAGUCCAGCAGCUAAAACAAUGGCUAAUUACUAUCAGAAGUUAGCAAUGGUAUUCUCAAAGGCUGGUAAUCAAUUGUUCCAUGCUGCUGCUUUGCUUAAGCUUUUCCAAUUGACUCGUGAACUUAAGAAAAAUACCACCGAGGAGGAAAUGCAGAGAAUGGCUUCGCAUGUUUUGAUUGCAACUUUAUCUAUUCCACUGCCAUCAGCUCAUCCAGAAUUUGAUCGUUUUAUUGAAACUGACAAGAGUCCAUUGGAGAAGGCACAACGUUUGGCUGUUUUACUUGGAUUAACGCAACCACCAACAAGGGUGUCUCUACUUAAAGAAGUGGUUCGUCUGAACGUGCAUCUUUAUGCUUCCGAAGAGUUUAAAAACCUUUACAAUUGGUUGGAAAUUGAUUUCAAUCCAUUAAGUCUUUGCAAGCGUGUACAAACUGUUAUUGAAGUUAUUGAGAAAGAAGAAAACAACAUGCUAACCCAGUACAUACAAUCCUUGAAGGACGUCACUAUUAUGCGUUUAAUUAGACAAAUAUCCCAAGUCUACCAAAGCAUUGAAUUUACACGUUUGAUUCAACUGGCAACAUUCUCCAAUAUUUUCCAAUUGGAGAAAAUUGUUGUGGAUUGUGUUCGUCACAAUGACAUGCAAAUACGUAUUGAUCACCAGAAGCGUUGCAUUUACUUUGGAACAGAUCUGACCGAAAGCCAACGCGAAGAUCACACUGAUGGCCCUUCCUUGCAGUCAAUGCCUUCAGAGCAAAUUCGUUCGCAACUGGUUAACAUGUCUAAUGUUCUACACAGAGCUGUAGCUAUAGUUAAUCCAAAUCGUAAAAAGGAAGAACGUCAAAAGAUGCGCGCCCAAAUGGUUUGGCAUUACCAUGAAAUUAAGGAAAAGGAACACCAACGCAUUCUUCAACGCCAAAAGAUUAUCGAAGAUCGCAAAGAAUAUAUUGAAAAGCAAAACAAUGCCAGGGAAGAAGAAGAACAACGACGCAUCGAAGAAGCAUCUCGACAAAUGAAGAUAGCAGAAGAGAAGCGUUUGCAGCAAGAAAAUGAGGAACGUGAAAAGAAACGUGCCCUGAAUGAAAUUGCAGCAAUUAAAGAGAAGAGUUUGAAAGAAAAAAUGCAACAAAUUUCUCAAACAGCUCAUGGCAAAAAAAUGCUGUCCAAGCUGGAUGAAGAAGGUAUUAAGAAGUUAGAUGCUGAACAAAUUGCUGCUCGCGAAACCGAAGAGUUGAAUCGCGAACGUAAGGAACUCCAGACAAAACUCAAAUCAUUGGAGAAAAAAGUUGAUUACUUUGAACGCGCUAAACGUAUCGAAGAAAUACCACUCUUUGGAAAGUAUCUUUCCGAAAAGCAAGUUAAAAAUAAGGAAUUCUGGGAACUACAAGAACAACAACGUAUUGAAAAUGCCAUUGCAGAGAGGAAGAUUGCAGUUGAACAACAAGAUCGCUUGAAACGUAUGUAUCCAGAUCGUGAUGCUUUCUUAGAAAACUUAAAGAAGGAGCGUGCUUCAUUGUUCGUUGAGAAAUUGAAGAACUUUAACAAAGCACUUGAAGAAGAGCGUAAAACUCGUCUCGCAAACAGAAUUAUUCAACGCCGCGAACAACGUCGCCGUGAUUGGCUCCAAGAAAAAGAAGAUGAACGUUUGCGACAAGAAGAAAUUAUUCGUCGUGCUAAGGAGGAAGAGGAACGCAUCGAGAUGGAGCGCCGUCGCGCCGAACGCGAAGCUGAAGAAGAAAAACGACGAAUUCAAUACGAGAAGCAACGCCAAAAGGAAGAAGAAGUUGAAAAGAAAAUUCAGGAAGAACGCGAACGCGCUCGUGAAGCUGCUAAAGAUUCGGAUAAGGAGCGUGAACGUGAAGUUUGGCGUCCAAGGGGAUUUGACCGCGGUGACAGAACUGACCGUUCGGACCGAGGUGAGAGAAUUGAACGUGGUGGCGACCGUAGUGAAAACAAGGAAUGGCGCAGAGGUGCUGCUACUGGUGCUGCUACUGCUGCAUCCACAGAUGCACCCGCACAGGCUGGAGGCUUCGACUGGCGUAGAGGACGUGAUGGCGAUGGUCCAAGCAGACCUGCACCAGCCGCUUCAGCUGGCGGUGAUAAAUGGCGUCGUACUGGUGGAGAAGAUAGGCGUGGUGAAGAUCGUGACGUACGCAGAGUUGGUGAGGAUCGUCGUGGGGGUGAUGAUCGUCGUGGUGGAGAUGAUCGUCGAGGUGGUGAUGAUCGUCGUGGCGGUGAUGAUCGUCGUGGUGGAGAUGAUCGUCGUGGAGGAGAUGAUCGUCGUGGUGGCGAUGAACGUCGCGGUGGAGAUGACCGUCGUGUUGGCGAUGAUCGUCGAGAUGAUCGUUUUGCUCAACGUCGUCGUGAUGGACCACGAGAACAGGAUAACCGCGAAUCGGGCUCAAAUUGGCGUGCUAACACACGUUCAAAUGAUGAUCGUCGUGAUGAAGCUCGCAGACCGAUGGGUGAUCGUGGAGACCGCACAACUGACCGCGCUGACCGUGCUGACCGUGCAGAUCGGCCGGCCCGCCCUGCUCAAAGUAAAGAUUCUUCUUCCAGCUGGAGACGGCUUGAUGAUGAACGCAAGGAACGCCCUGCUCCUCCUCAACGACGAGAAGAAAAAGAAAAUCGGGACGAUGGCGAAUGGACUAGUGUCAAGCGUCGUUAAUCAACCAAUCGACCAAGUAGCAAAGCAAUUAAAUUUUUUUUUUAACAUGAUUUUAAAAGAUCAAUAUUUUUAAAGGCCAUCGUCACGUUUCCUAGCUUUUCUUAAAACAAAAAAUGAUAUAAGAUGCAUUCAAGUUAAAUUAUAACGUACCACGCUUUACACUGUAUUUCCUCUAAAAAUAUUAAAAUAUAAUAUAAUUCCUAAUGCUAUUAUUAA